CCGCGGAGCCCGCCGCGGGAGCGACACCCCAGAGCACCUCGUGCCGGUCAGAGGAGCACGGCGCGAAGAUCAGGAAGGUCUUGGAGCAUGGGGUGGUCUCCUUGAGCCUGCACGAGGAUGGCAAGGCUGAGCUGCAGCUCCAGGAGGAUGCCUGGUGCUCCACUUUGGAGCUCUGCAAGUUGCCCGUCGCUGAGGCGAGGACCCAGCUCCAGGCACUGAUGUUCAGCUUGGUGGGUUGCGUCAAGAGCCUGGAGAAACGUCUUGAAGCGGCUGGCGCUCCGGGGUCCUUGUGCAGUCCGGAGAAGAAUGCUGCCCGGAGCCAGCAACUUUUCAUGCCAGAUCCGAGGUCCAGGAAGAACAGAGGUGCUGGCUCAACUUUGCCAGCCAAGAGGAGAGUCCCAGGAGAGUCUCUCAUCAACCCAGGUUUCAAAAGCAAGAAGACACCAGGUGGAGUGGACUUUGAAGACUCCUGACCAGUGCUGUCCCAUCCCCCCAACAACUGUCCUAUAGGGAGGGUUUUCAACAACAUCAGAGACUUAUAGCCGUUUUACUACACCCUGGACCUGCUGAGCCUCUCACCACAGGGUAUGUGGGAUUCUCUUCCUUGAUGGUUGUCCAAAGGGAUUAACGGAGCAAGGCCUGGGACUGGCUCCUGGCAGGUCUCGGAGAAGCAGGUCCAUGGCUGGCCUUGUGGAAGGACCUUUUGAGAGGAAUGGAGUGGGAGACCUGACAGCAGGGGUGGAUGUUUUCUGCUACUGCUUUCCCUGCUGGCAGGUCCACCUGUGUGUAUCACCUAGCAUGUACUGGUAUUUUUUUAAGGAGUUUUUAUAUCAUGAUGCAAUUAAAAGACUAGCUAUAUUUAACUUACUGCCAAUAAAAUUGCUUUUAGCCCAACCGGUCUGUG